AGAUGCUUAAAGUGUGCAGAUGCCCCCUGUCAGAAGAGUUGCCCAACUAAUCUGGACAUCAAGUCAUUCAUCACAAGUAUUGCAAACAAGAACUACUAUGGAGCUGCCAAAAUGAUUUUUUCUGACAACCCCCUUGGUCUGACGUGUGGAAUGGUGUGUCCAACAUCAGAUCUCUGCGUUGGUGGCUGCAAUUUGUACGCCGCUGAGGAGGGACCCAUUAAUAUUGGUGGAUUGCAGCAGUUUGCUACUGAGGUGUUCAAAGCUAUGAAUAUUCCUCAGAUCAGAAACCCUUCAUUACCUCCUCUAGAAGAUAUGCCUGAAGCCUAUCACGUGAAGAUAGCUCUUCUUGGUGCAGGACCUGCAAGUUUAAGUUGUGCUUCCUUUUUGGCUCGAUUGGGCUAUUCAAACAUCACCAUAUUUGAAAAGCAUGAGUACGUUGGUGGCUUAAGUACGUCUGAAAUCCCCCAGUUCCGCCUGCCGUACGAUGUGGUGAAUUUUGAAGCUGAGCUUAUGAAGGAUCUUGGAGUGAAGAUAAUUUUUGGUAAAGGCCUUUCGGUGGAUGGAAUGACACUGCGGACCUUGAAAGAAGAUGGUUACGAAGCAGUAUUUAUUGGAAUAGGUUUGCCAGAGCCAAACAGAGAGAGCAUAUUCCAAGGACUGAGAAUGGAUCAUGGAUUCUACACAUCUAAAGACUUCCUACCUUUGGUAGCAAUGGCAAGUAAACCAGGGAUGUGUGCCUGUCACUCUCCAUUGCCAUCAAUACAUGGAACUGUGAUUGUACUUGGGGCAGGAGACACUGCUUUUGACUGUGCAACAUCUGCUUUACGCUGUGGAGCUCGUCGUGUGUUUGUGGUCUUCAGGAAGGGAUUCACUAAUAUCAGGGCUGUCCCAGAGGAGAUGGAACUUGCCAAAGAAGAGAAGUGUGAAUUUCUGCCUUUCCUCUCCCCUCACAAAGUUGUCCUUAGAGGUGGACGAAUUGUUGCCAUGGAGUUUGUUCGAACUGAACAAGACAAUGAUGGAAACUGGAAAGAAGAUAAGGAUCAGGUUGUCCGUCUGAAAGCUGACGUGGUGAUCAGUGCCUUUGGCUCCGUUUUAAGUGACUACAAAGUCAGAGAGGCCAUGGCACCUAUCAAGUUUAACAGAUGGGGUCUUCCUGAAGUAGAUCCAGAAACGAUGCAAACAAGUGAACCCUGGGUUUUUGCAGGGGGUGACAUUGGUGGUCUUGCUAACACCACCGUGGAAUCAGUAAACGACGGAAAACAAGCUUCCUGGUACAUGCACAGAUACAUACAGUCCUUACAUGGUGUUGCAGUUUCCGCUGUUCCGGAACUACCACUCUUCUAUACUCCCAUCGAUUUAGUAGACAUCAGUGUAGAAAUGGCUGGACUGAAGUUUCCAAAUCCUUUUGGCCUUGCCAGUGCAACCCCUACUACUAGUUCUUCAAUGAUUCGAAGAGCUUUUGAAGCUGGAUGGGGCUUUGCUGUCACUAAAACGUUCUCCCUGGAUAAGGACAUUGUGACUAACGUUUCUCCGAGGAUUGUGCGUGGAAUUACUUCAGGUCCUAUGUACGGCCCAGGCCAAAGCUCUUUCCUAAACAUUGAGCUGAUCAGCGAGAAAACAGCAGCAUAUUGGUGUAAAAGUAUUGCUGAACUGAAGGCUGACUUUCCAAACCAG